UUCGGCUUGGUUUGAGGUUGGUCUAGGUGCCGCGUAUCGACCGACCUGUAGCGUUUGACAGGUGGACUCCUGUCGUGGCCGUUGAUAAGGGCUGACGCGUGGAAAAUAUUAGCGCCGAAAAUGUGGAGAAAGCACACGUUCGCGUGUUACUUUGCGUUCGCGACUUUCCUUUUUAAGCUGACGUGCUGUUACGACGUCAAGCGGUACUCGCUGUUGAUGCCAAACGUGAGACCGACCACGCCCGAAUUAUACCUAUGCACGCCAGUUAGGGUAGACUCUGCAAGGGAUUAUUACAUUGUUGGCUUCGAGCCGAAUGCAACGAUGAAAACGUCUCACCAUGUGCUCAUCUACGGUUGCACCACGCCGGGCAGUUCAAAGCCUGUUUGGGACUGCAGCGAGAUGACAAGCGGCGGAAAAGGCAAAGAUCGCGCGCCCGUUUGCCAGGAUGGCAUGCAAGUUAUCUAUGCAUGGGCAAGGGACGCCCCUAGCCUAAAUCUGCCGAUGGACGUGGGCUUUAAAGUAGGCGGCGAUUCUUCCAUACAGUAUCUCGUACUGCAGGUACAUUACGCGGUAGUUGACCACUUCCUAGACGGCAGUACGGACGACACAGGCGUAUUUCUGCAUUAUACGACGCAACCACAGAAGAGGCAGGCCGGUGUUAUUUUGUUAGGGACGGCCGGAUCUAUUCUGCCUAGAGAAACGGCGCAUAUGGAGUCGGUCUGUUCCAUAACAGAGCAUAAGACUAUUUAUCCGUUUGCGUUUCGAGUGCACACGCACGAGCUCGGGAAAGUCGUAUCCGUCUACGUGGUGAAGCCGAAUAAUGAGUGGAUCGAGCUCGGCAAGAAAGAUCCACAGAAACCCCAGAUGUUUUAUCCUAUUACGCACAGCGUUCCGAUUACUUACGGCGAUAUACUAGCUUCCCGUUGCACGAUGAAGAGUACGCGCGAUAGGGUUACGACAGUAGGUCUGACGAAGGAGGAUGAAAUGUGCAAUAUGUAUCUUUUGUAUUACGUCGAGAAUGACACUCCUCUUGAAAAGAAGUAUUGCUUUACCGCCGGGCCACCUUUUUAUUAUUGGAAGAACGAGUUGACCAAUAUUCCCGACAGAGAGGCAUCUACCUUGUAAUAUAUCAAAGUGUGUCGUUCGGCAUAAAGAUUUGGCACAAAGAUCGAUUUCGUUCCAUCAUGGAGAAUUAGAUCCGAGAUAAAGAUCCGAAACGUCUUUUCCGCAGACUACGUAUUUAAAUGCAUUUAAACCAAUUUCGUCAGUGAAAUAGGGUCCAUAUUUGGGGACCAAGCCGUCCUGAUAUAAUUUAUUAUAGGUUGUUUUGAUAAUUUAUUAUUUAUUAUUCCUUUGAUGCAGCUUAUUGCCGGUUCGAUUCAUUCUGUCGCAAUGUCUUCGGUUUAGGAUUUAUUUGUCUCACUUUCGAAGCAAACUUUUAUUUUAGAUUUUAUGUCAGCAAGACGAGUGCUGGAAUAACGCACAAAUUAUUCCAACUUAAUUUCCAACUUGUAUCUUUUUAAGUGACAAAGCCUAAUCUACACCGUGCUUUUCGCGUCUGGAAACAUUCUAUUUUGUAGCCAAUAAAUACAUUUAAAAAAAUUUAUGCUAGUUGAUAAAUCGUACAUUAUACAUUGUACAAUAGUACGCUGUCGACAAAUUCUCUAAGCGCUUUGAUUUACUUAUAUAAAAUAGAAUGUUUCUAGAUGCAAGGAGCAUAUUCUUUAGUAGCACAAUGCAUUGACCAAACAAUUGUUAAAAUUGAUCCAAUAUCUGGUUAUACUGGGCCAAUGUUGAGCCAAUGUACUGUGCUACUAGGGUUGUAGAUCAGUCUUUUUAGGAAUAUUGCAAUCAGGGUACGUUGUACUUACUUUACGUAAUUUUUUUAGGGAUUGGAAAUUAAUUUACAACAUUGGAAUACCUCUUCCUGUCAAUUCUCACAAAUGCGAUCAUUCAAAUUUGCUAUUGCAAUUUGCGCUGCGACCGACAAUGUGUAUAUAAUAUGUGUAAUUUUCAUCGCAAAAGGAAGUCAAAAUUUCGACUACUAUCAAUUCGCUUGUUGUCUAAUUGCGUUGCGCGCUUUACAACAUUUUUAACUGCAAGGGCAAUUACGAUUUUACAUAAUUUGAUUUCAAGCAUCGUGACAUUUUAUCCGACUAGAGUUAUCACGUGUACGUAUAUCAAUCCGCCAUGCAGAUGUGAUAUAAAAGAAUAAUGUUAGGGCCUACUGUUCAGUUAAUGUUUAUUAUAUUAUAUACAAGUUAUUUGAAAAGAUUGAAGAAAUUAUUGGUGUUAACCAGAGAGUGUACGCGUUACAUCCGAAUUUAUUUUAAUAAUCACUUCAGUGAGAUACAACGGUGGAUUUGGCAGCCACUUGUACGGCGCAUUUAAAUAAUUCCAUGAUUAGCAACAGUGAUUACACAACAAAAAGAGAAAACACAACUAUGGAAGAUUCGUCGAUCAUAGUGUAUGUGUAUAUACAUAUGUAUGUGGCGAGGAUACUAUUUUCAAAUGUCACUUCCUUUCAACAUCUUCUCUAGACUUGUACAUAUACUACGCUCAGGAAUCUCUGCUCCUCGAGACCGCGAAGAUGAAUGUUAGAUGAAGAUACAUAGGUGUAAUUGUUCGGCGUAUUUGUUCUCCCGCGGUGUCAUGGAUAAUAAUUUAUUUUCGGCGAUGUAUAAAACAGUCUCCGAGAAACCCACUUGUGAGACGUGUAUUUCAAUAAAUGAUCUACGCAAGAGAUAUA